GUUAUAUAAACAUGUAGCAAUAAUAUGUAUACACUGCAUGCCAUGUCAAAAUAUUUUGCUUGCUGCUGCUAGCAGGCAGAGUGGACAGCAGGUAGUAUGAAUGUCUGCAAACCUGCAUUGCAAAAACCCACUGAAAAGUAAAUAGGACACACAGGAUCAGCAUGAUUCAGGAAGCUGUGGCACUGUGUGUGUUAGGUGCCAUGGAAACAUCUCCUGAUGGUAACACAGCCCUCAGCUUGUACAGGGUGCCUCUGGAGGGAAGUGCUGGCUACAAGGAAUAUACUUUUACAAGCAGUUAAUUUCUACCUUCCACAAAUUUGGAGUGAAACCACUGAUUAGAAUGGUGCCUAGCAAUUAUGCUAUGAUAAGUUAAUUGCAGAGGAACAGCCCAAUGGCUGCAACUGGCUUUGGCUGGAUUGCACAAAUGUGUGAGGGGAAGAAAGGUGAUGUGUCUUCUGAACAGCACAGCUGAAAUACUGGCACUCUGCUGCAGUCUAACAUGGGAGCAGGUGCCUCCCUUUCGAUUUGCAAAUCAUUCUCUUCUAUUCAAGUCAGGCACACAACAAAUAAAGUUUCACCAGACCUACAGUUCAGCAGAGAAAGAAGCACAUUUGGUGUUCCUCUGGAAACCCUCCUUCAGGGUGCGACACAGUGUGGGGUUCCUUCUCUUGUGACACAGAUGGUGGAGUACCUAGAGGUGUUUGGUCUGGAGCGUGUUGGUAUAUUUAGAAUUGGUGGUUCAGUAAAUAAAAUCAAAGAAUUAAAGCAGAAAUAUAAUCAAGGAGAAAAAGUGGACCUUACUAAUGAUGGAGAUGUUGAUUCUGUGGCCAGUCUCCUGAAGCUCUUUCUGAAAGAACUACCAGUGGCUGUUUUUCCAGACAACAUUUGUUCUGGCUUGCUAAAAACUUUCCAAGAGCACAAAAUCAACACAACAGAAUGCAUAGAGAACAUGAAACAGUUGCUCAGCUGCCUGCCCAAAGCCCAUCAAAACCUUCUUCAGUUCCUGUCUGCUUUCCUGUUAAAGAUAGCAACGCACAGUGAAGUGAAUUUCAUGACUCUGGAAAACCUCUCCAUUGUGUUUGGACCUGCUCUAUUCAAGGUCCCUGUCAGUCCCUUGGCUUGCGAAGAGCAAAGGCUUUACAAUGGCCUCCUGCUAUAUCUGCUUCAACACCAUGAGAUGCUUUUUGUUGACCUGAACCCUUGUUUCUCACAGAGACAAGCAGAUGGCCUUCAGGGAAGCAACACAGAAGAUGCAGAAAGAGACAGACUCACGUUGUUAAGAUGGUAUAUAAAGGUUUUGCCAGCCAACUGGGAAGCCUGUUUCUUGAAAUCCUUCAGAACACUUUGUCUUAUCUGGAAAGAUAUAGUCAGCUGAAGAGAAAGAUGCACAUGUCAUGGUAAGUCUCAGAACUAUUACUGGUUGUCAGUGUUUUGCCCUAUCAAAGGAGGUGAACAGCUCUGUGUUGUUGCUAUAGUAGCUGCAGUUCCUGAGCAACAUCCUGAGAGUUCCAGGGGCCGUGAAGGCUAUUCCAAAGACAGUGAUUAAUGCUACGGGUGUUUGUAGGCUCACAGACCUGAAGGAAGCCACAGGAGGUCAUCUAAUCCAUACUUUUGCCUGAAGGCAAGGUAAACUCCACUUAAAACAUUCCUUACAGACAUUUGUCUAACCUGAUCUCCCCACCAGAGGUGGAGAUGGAACAACAUCCCUGAACAAUUUACUCCAGCACUUAGCUCAUUUGUUUCUCUCUUCUUGAUCUUCAGCUGCACAGUUCUUUUUGUCAUCUGUCAUAGCUCCUUAGCUUUUGUGAUGUCCUUAUUUGUAAGGCUGGAACUGAAAGUAAAACAGGGUGAUUCACACCUCUUAGAUUAGUUUCAAAUACGAAAGUGAGGACCAAAAGAAAAGACAGAUCUCUUUUGCUUUACUUUAACCAAAUGAGCUCUGCUUGUCUGUGGAAUGGGUUAAAUGGAAUCCCUUGGCUUCCAACUACCUUUCACCUAAAUAAAUAUGAACAAAUUCUGCUUCUGAAGCACAUCAUGCUGCAUAAUUUAGGGACCGUGGGACUGCAUAUUGUACAAAAGGGUAUUGCAGGGGAUAAUAUAUCAUAACUGUGAUUUCUGUAAUUUGAAAUAGAAUAUAUAUACACAAUAUCCUAACAGAAUAUAAUGUAUGCUUGAUGAAAAUUUUCUGUCUGAGAAUUAGUGUCUUUGUCAAAACGACAGACCAAAAAUCUAAUGUGAAAUCCACGUUUCAAUAAAAUUAAUGGAGCCCAUCACUAGGACUUGAGAAAGUAGUUUGUGAUGCUCUGACAGUGUAGUGGUCAUAAAUAAGCUGGAUCAAUUUUCCAGAGAACAUCUAGACAGGCAAAACAAAUCUGCAUUGCAGCACCUGGGAGCCUGGAGUGUGCUGGGCAUGUUAGGGCCGAGAGGUGUGGCAGCAGUUCUGCUCUAGUUCUAUGGGGUAUGGACACACAUAUUCCAUAUGGGAUGCAGCUGGUGGAUGCAAAGACCUGAACAGCUUUGGGCACCUGAGCAGUGUCAGGUGGCCUGUCACGUUCCACUGGAGCUCAUGUUGGGCACGGCUUGCUGGAACAUUAAGUGACUUCAGGGCAUGUUGCUCAUGGUUUCAUCAUUUCAAACAAAUAUUCCAUUGAAAAUAUUUGUAUCUGUUGAUAAGCAAAUCAAUUUUAUGUUUUUUUCCAGUGCUUGUUGCUUCUAAGAUUGUUACACUAAGGAUUUUAGUAGGGGCUGGGAACACUGGUCAAGGUUUUCCAUGAGGGACGAUCAAGACACGUGUGAUUCAUCCAUCUGAUGUGAAAUACUGAGUGAAAAUGCCCACAGCGCACCAGGCAGGAAGAACACCUCAUUUAUUUAGUUCACUGGGAAUAAAUCAUUAACCAACACUUCAGAUUCGUGUCAGUCAAAACUAAAUUUCCAUCCUGAGUUCGUUUUCAUUUUAUGGCCCCUCUAUUCAUCAGUGUGUGCUGAAUUUGACCUUAAGACAACUUUAUGCACACUGUAUAAUUUGACGCAACUGAGUGCCAUUAGAAUUCUAAUGAAUACCAUUACCUGUAAAAUGAUGUUGGUCCUGAAAGUUAUUGCAAGUGGUAAGAAUAUUAAACUCAGUGCCACUGAAAUAUCUGAGUUCUGGUGCCAGUUUUAAAUCUUCAAUGCUUUUGAUGAUGAAUAUUAAAAACUAAACUGGAUGCAUCUACACACCUAUUUUUGUGACACAUCUAUUUUUGUGACAUUUUCCUUGCCUAUGCAAUGAACUGACUAGAAGUGAUACAAUGGCACUGGUAACCUGGACUUAUUACCACUUUCAAUGUCACACUACUCUAAAUAAAAGAAUCAACUCAAAUGAAAAGCUAUAACUUAGGAUUUCUGUGCAAAAUACUGUAUAAAUGUCUGUUUAGCAGCCUGCUGAGGGAGGGCAGUGGCUGCUUUGUGGUAUCUCUGUGGAAUGGCACUGGGCUUUUCAUUUUGUCUGACAAAGUUGCUGUAGAAAAAGACUGGCAUGUCUUUGCCUCAUCCUCCAGAAGAGGAAACACUUCUUUCCCUGGUGUGGACAGCCUAGGAUGGGAGCUCAGGGUGUGACUUUGCCCUCCUAAGUGAUGAACACAUUUGUUGCACAUGGUCAUAUGUCAGGGUGCCUUCAGAAAGCAGGAACAGCACCAGAGCUCCUGAACUUCUCUUUCAUCUUUGCUGGCUUUGUCUCAGGUGAGAUGUAAUUUCCGUUGUGAUGUUUGAUUCAGCUGUAGGUCAUCUCCAGCCAGAAGAUGACUUUGCUGUGUUUCUGUUCAGCAAUGGGUAUCUCAGAGCUCUUCUGUGCCUUGUAAAUAGAAUAAUAUGCUGACUGAAAAGUGUAGUUUUAUGCAGUUUGGAUUUGGUGAAAAAAUGAGUCCCUAACUUCCCAAGUAAUUUUUCUUUACUAAAUUAAUUGAAUAAUUUCUGUAGUGUUUGAGUUUGGGGACUGGGAUUCCUGUGGGCAAUUGGGUGUCACUAACUAAGAGAUGCAUUCAAAGUCCUAAUCCUCCCUUGUGUUGAACUAUGGUACAAACUGGAACAGUUUAACAAGAGAGGUCAGAAGAGAUUAGUUCUCUGUAGCCCAGAGUUUGAGAGCAAACUGUUUGGAGAUGGACAGCUGGAGUUCAUAAUCACACUCCAGGACAGACAGAUUGAAAUGUGGUUCCUGGUACAAGUUGUGCAAAAAUUAUGGGGAGGGAAGGAGGUUGUUGAGAGACUGAGGAGAGGGAGAGGGUAAGCAUCUGUUUUCUGACUUUUUCCUUGGAAGUCCCUGCAUGAGACUACUUUGUAUUUUUUUCUCUUAAAAAAAAAUAAAAAUCUGCAAAUGGAAAUGUUUUAUUUUGGAUAAAAAUAGGCACUGUGUUGCUACUUUUCGCUUCUCUUUUCAUCAGUUUGUCACUGAUGACUAACCGAUGGAGUUCUGAACAAGUGUGGUUUUAGUUUAGCUCUAGAAACCCAUGCAAGGAUUGCUCUUAAGCACUGUAUUAAAUUAGCUGGGCAUGUUCUGAUUUCAUGCACUAGCAUUUGAGAAAAAUCCAGUAUUUUUAAAGAAAAAAAUUAAAUCCACUAAGAAGUAUUACUGAAAUAUUUGAAUCCAGCUGGACAGAAUUAUUCUAACUGGAGAAAAUUACUCCUUUAUUCUGCACUGUUGAAAACAUACUGUCUUCCAAAUAGAUUAGUACCCAGGUAACAGAGAGGUAACUUAUUUCUGUCCCCCAGUCUCAUAUGCCCAUCUGUCCUAUCUGUUUAGCCUCUAUCAUUGUAGAUAUAAAUGUCUUCCAAACACUGAACAUGCCAGAAUUUCUUCUUCUCUUUUAGACUGAAAACCUACGUGCACAACAUCUGCAAAUUAGAGCUGGCAACAGGAGAGAAUGUAUUAAAAUGUAAAUCUGUCUGUGGCUCAUAUAAAUAUAAAUCACAGUGUAAAUCUCACGCUUAUCUGAGGUAGUUGUACAUGAAAAAGUCUUUGUACAAUUCUCUCAGUAGAAGAAUUUUUUUCAAGUCAAACUGGUUUUUAUCGCAUCCAGAAAGGAAAAUGGGUAAAAACAGAUUUCUUUUUAAUCUUAUGGUAAUUCUAAUUUUAAUCCAGAUUCUUAUCAGUCAGUGCUGUAAUUAUUUCUAAUUGUUCCAGACUCACUGAGGUUAAAUUAUAAACUGUACUCCAUAGAAUAUUUUAAACCCUAGAGUAUUAGCAAACUGCCAGAAGAUCAAAAUAGGCACAUAUGAAAAAAGUCAGUUUCCCACAUAACUGCCAUUAGUUUUAUCAUGAUUUUAUGCAAAUAAGUAUUGCAUGCAUAAUCAUGCAACCAACUGAUCAUUUGCACAUGCAGAAAUCCAAUGUAAUGAAUAUAUAAACAAAGCAGAAAUGCAGAUUGUGUUUUCCUGUUUGCAUAUGUUUCUGUCUGUGUAUCUAUUUCAUAGGCUUUGAAUCCCAACUAUCUGGGGUGCUGAGGUUAGUCCUGGGAUUGGUUCCAUGGCUAGAAUUACCAGAUGGCUUUUUGUGGUCAUGCGUAUUUCUGAGCAUCAAUUCAACGAAAACGAUAGUGUAGCUUCCACGAGUUUUUUGAAUGAGAUGCAAAAUAAACCAAGCAUAUUUACCAACCCAAACCUCUGCCCCAGAAUAAUUAGGUUUGCAAAUUUUCAGAGAUCCCACAGCCUAUUUUUAGAUACAGCUGGAAACGGUGUCAAGCAUGACAGUGUCUUUACACCUCACAGUAAGAGUGGGUCACUCGCAAGAUUUCUCACCUAAACAGUUUGGUUUGCAGGACUUUAUUACAGGUUUUUUGGGGAAAAAAAGGAUUUAUGUGUCUCUAUAAGUACAGGAAAGAUAAAUUACCUUGGCUCCUACCUUUGUUUUUUUUUCUAGUCUAAUAUUUCUGUUAUCGUAAUUAAUUCAUCCUGUGCUUACGGAAAACUUAUCAAAGUUCAGACUUUUCAGUGCUCUGUCUUCUCUUUUUCAAGUGCAAGACCAAACUGAUUCCCCUGUCCUGUGUUUUCUUUCAGUGCCUCUUCCCACCCCACUUGAACAGUUCAGGUUCUGUCAGCCUUCUUGACAAUCAUGAGCUGAGGUACUUCUACUCUUUUCAAUAUUUUGUUGGGUUUUAUUUCUGCUCAUGUUCAUCCAUUAACUUUUAAUUUUUUCAGGUGUAAGAUCAGUGCUAUUUCUUCUGUCUUCCUUGUCCAUAAUCUGGCUUUGAUUCCACAAGUCAAAAGGCUUUAUUACAUAUGUGGUGAGUGGAACAAGAAGGGCUUUAGCAGGUUACUGACUUAGUGUCAGUACACCACAGAGCAUCAGCACAUCCCUGCCAGGCAGUGACCUUUUUUUGUCCCCUUCAGUUUUCUUAGGCUGAUUUUUAAGGAGGCAGCACCACUUUUCUUCAUCCUUUCUUUUUUUUUAUUACUUCAGAUCUUUUCAGUUUUGAUCUUACUUUGAAUAACAAUUGGAAAAGAAUAUUCAAGCUCAUAUUCAAUGUCUAGGGAUUUAGCAAAGUCAUGUUAGAAACACUUCAAAGUAGCUCCAUAUAAAGUUCCAUUCAAGUAGGGCUGAUAUAUUUUUAAUUUAUGUUUGUGUGAGUGAUAGAAGGAAGGUACACUUGUCUGUGUCUGUAUCUGCAAUGGAUUUACAAGGUCAUUUUACUAGAUUAAUGGCAGGUUUUCAGACACUCAUAGCUGUGUGGUUGUUUUUAAUCCUACAAUUGGGUGAAUUCUUCCUGCUAAGAAACACAUCUUGUUGACCAAAGCAGUAGCAAAAUUUAUAUUCUGAAAACUGCACACUGUGGAAACUUAUAUAGAAACACAGAUGGCUGGGUUGUGAUUUGAGACAUGGGAACUAUGUGGUUCUUCAGAUUCUUAGGAUGUUUCAUGGCUUAGAUGGCUGCUCUGCACCAAGAAAUGGAUUGUGCUGUCUACAUCAAUGCUAUAAUGACAAUUUAAAAUUAUGGCAGUGGUCCUCCUUGGAAGCAGACUUUCUGCUUGUCUCCUUAUGACUUCUGGAAGAACCAGGCAGUCUGCCUACAUAUGAAACUUUUGAGGUUAUUUCCUUGAAAUCUUUAAUUGCCAAAGAGACACCUUAAGUAACAGCUUCCGAGAUUUGUCCUGCUGAGAGCCUGAGGAGGCCAGCAGCUCUGGAAGUGGGAGAUGAGGCAGGUGAAGAAAAUAGAACAGAAAUGUAGGAGAUAGCAAGGCAGUUUUAGGGCAUCUGUACAGCAAAGCGGAAUUUUCUGUUGCAUGAGUCUAAUUUAGCUGUGCAUCUCCUGGAGCUCCAGGGUGAGGAGUCUCCAAUCUAACACACUAAUGGCUUGGCAGCUUUCCAGGUAAAUGCACAUAUGAGCUUGGAGCUGAGCGUUGCUGCUGCUCUGGCUAUUUUGUGCACAUCCCAGGGCUGUGCUUUGGGAGCAGGGAACUGCACUGGUACUGAUGAGGUCCCAUGUAACUCACUGUAUGACAGAGGUGGAGAAUUAAGCCCAAGUGUAGCUGCUGUGACUUUUCCUUUGCAGGUUUUGCAGUCUAUUACAAUGCAGCCAAGUAAUAAAAGCCUGUCUGGGUACCUGACUAAGAUCUGCAGGAUUUCCUCAUUAUCCCUCUGAAACUCUUAGUAAUUCUCUUGUAUGUAUGCAAUGUUUUCUGUGUAAUUUCAUGCCAUGGGAAGGGAUAUGUCCCAAUGUUUUUCUAGUUGUGCACUUUGUAGUGUUGUGAAAACAGAUUGCUGCUAAUAGUAAAUAUUCCAUUUUGCAAAGACUACAAACAAUAUGUGAAAAGGUCACUAUUUUUUGAGACUAAAUCUAAGACAUGUGUAUCCAGUUUUACCAUUUCUCAAAAUUUUCCUGUUGAAGUGGAAAGUUAUUUUUUUUUUUAACAGAUCGGAGGACAUAAAAAAGUUGAUGAUUACUCAUUUCAAGUGGCAGCAGUGUUGUGACUCACCCAUUUCAUGGGCAUCAUUCCCUACAUUCAUAAUGGAUUUUGAAAAUUGGAACUGGUUUCUGCCAACAAAUAAAAUAUUAAUGAAUGUAGGGUUGCAUAAUACAGUUUUUGCAUAAUGUAAUUUUUCCCAGAAAAUGAAAUGACCACCUCCUAAAAAUAAACUGAGGAAAUACUUUACAGUUUUAUUUUGUUGUGAGCCAAAAGGUAUUUGGGUGAGUUUGAAUAUAUGUGCAUUGGCAUAUUCAUUAUAUACAGAGGCUCUGCAGCUUUGAUGCAUAAGAUGAAACUCCUAAGUGUGUAUUAUAUGGUUUAUUACAAUGACUGCUGCAUUAAUUGCAAUCACUUUAUCAUACUGUUGAGUGUGAGACAGUUUGGGAUUUGUUGAAAAGUGUACAGUGCACAAGGAAAGAAGUGAGGAUGCUGAGGACAGUGGAAACUCGGGAGUUCAUCAGCACACACGAGUAAACAUUUUCUGUAAAAAAUGACACGGAAAUUUUCUUCCACACAGCAGGCAGGGAUGCUUGACUGGUCUACAGCAGUUGUUAAUCAAUCAGUCAAAUGGUCCCUUCAGUGUGGAUUAAAUUUAAUCUGUCCUUGGUUCCUGCCUAACCUUUUAAGUGACAGCACAAACCUUUUGUUCCCUCUUCUGCCUGAGGCUGUAGGUCGGGAUUUGGGUCAAGGCCUUUGGCAACAACUUGGGGAAAGCAACUGGAUUUUCUAGAGUAAAGGGAAGGGUAAUAAAUAAUAGCAAAGCCCAUUAAUCCUCUUUUCCAUUAGUGACAAUGUCAGAUAAACCUGCUUAGAGACUCUUGAGCAAUGUUACAUGGAUGAUUUAUUGCAUGUGUAGUUUAAGAUGUAAGUAAUUUUGAAACAUGGUACCUCUAUAGAUUCACCAAGUGAUAGAAUAGAAUAGCAGAUGAAUUACAGCACCUUAUAAUGGGCAAUUUCAGUACAUCUCUUCAACUGAUUCCCCAGCCUUUUUUCAGUUAAUUCUGGCUGCUUUGGGUGGAUAUGAGCAUUGUUUGCUGAGAAGGCUGACAGGACACUGUGGUAAUAGUUGAAAUUAAAAGAAACUUUCUUUGGUGAUGCACUUGGGGAAUGGGUUUCAUUUGGUUACUUUUCUCCUGCCUAUUUGCUGUUUGACAUAUGACUUUUUAUAAAAAUGAGCUAGUAAUAAAUUAAUUUGUCUACUCUACAUCUCAGGUGCAAACAGUAGUUAUGGUUUUAUAAAUGCUUUUAAAUAGUGGGAAUUCAUCAUAAUGGUGUAUGAGGAUGAAUGUUUACCUCGUAUUGAAGAGUGUGCUAAUAAUGAAUAGACUCUAAACUUUCAUCUCUUUUAUAUUUAAUAUCCGUAUUGAUUUAAAAAUGCAAAAUGCUUUAUGCCAGGAGAUGACUGUUCCUCAAGCUCUCCUUAAAAUCACUGCUGUUCCCAACUGCAGCUGCAUUUGCUUCUGAGAGAGGACUCAGCUACUUUUUUAUUCUGCUUGAAAUUCACUGCACAAAACUAUAAUGUGACUGAGAGAUGAGUUGCAGUGCACCUGCAGGCCGGGUGCAGGCACUUGAUAGCAGGAUGACUCAACCCUUCAUCCUUCCACUCUGGCAUUCUGCUGGAUUUGCCUUAUGUUUGACUAAGAAAUAAUCUUCCAGGUUCUAGACAAACACAUUUUCCUAACAGUUAUUUACUAUAUGUUUUAUGUAAAGCUUUAAGAUACAUUUAUGCAUGACUGUGGUUUGCUUAGAUCUGCACCGUGAUUGUGCUUUGGUAAUCCUUUAGAAACUAUGGAAUGAAAGGCAAUUGAGAGAGAACACUCAGAAAUGAUUUCAAGGCUGACUUUUUAAAAAGAGAGCUAUUAAACAGGUUAGUCACAACCAUGAGUCACUCAAACUUGAGUCACGCUCGUUUUUUGGUGGCGAUAGAUUAUCUGGUUUUCCUGUUUCUCCACGCAGCUAUGAGUAAUGCUGCACUAAGGACUAGGACUGCUUUGGAGAAUGGCUUUUCCCCACUCUGCCUGAAUACAUUUUUCCACUGGGAAGUUUACAAUGUCAUUAUUUGGCCCGUUCUUUCGAAACACUCGAGUGGCUAAUUGCAUGAAACAAGCAAUGGGAUGUAUGCCAAGUGUUGCUUGAGGAGAGAGGCAAGUAAGGGACCUCACCACCAACCCGUGGUUUGGGCCAUUUCUGUGGGGGUUACUAGGAAAUAUUAAUAGUUAUCCUGUCUGGCAUUAGCCCUUUUGCCACCUCCAGUGGCUGAGCCAGGAACCUUGGAGUAGUUAAACAGAGUGGAGGAGAUCUGUGAGGAACAGAAAAAACAAGGGGGUGUGGGGGCGAAGAACCAAUAUGUCCUGAGAUGGUAACUGGGCUGAUGGUUUAAUAACUGUUGGAGCUGAGUUUGGAUGUGUUGGGUUCUUUUCUUCUAUAUUUGUAGAGAGCAUGCAUCAACACAGCUGUAGUGUUAGGCAUAAUCCCAGAGCCUUUACAACCAUCAUCCCAGACACAAAAUUAGCAGAAUAUGUAUUGGCCAAAUGUUUUCAGCUUGGUGGCUACCUAAAAUUAGUCUGAAACUGUGUAGGUGCUUAAAUGUGGGUUUGAAAGCCUGGAUUUGGGUUAGAAAAUGUAGGCUGUAGUUCUUCAAGCACCAGCAGAGAGAGGGAAGUUACUGUAGCUCAGAAUAUUCCUGAAUAUGCCUACAUUUAGACUGCAAUAGUCAUUGCUCUUUUUUAAUAAGUACUGUCAGCAUUUUUCUUAAUAGGAAGUCAUGAUGUCCGUUCCUUGUAUUCUUAAGAAAAAAAAAAGAUAAGGGUUCAAGUAUUGUUUAUUAGUUUUCAAUGGCUCUUCUUCUGAGAAUUUUUCUAAAGACUCUAAUUCUCUCUAAAAAUGCAUAGCUCACCUAGAAAUAAAACUUUCUUCCAUGACUGGUCAAUCUUUCUGAUUUAUGCUGCAUGACUGCUAGAUGGAAAAUAUUAUUAAAAUUAGAAUGAAAAUGUCUUUCUUAUAUUUACAACUCUCCCUGAGUAAUGUAAAACCAAAACAUUUUUCUCUAGUUUGUCAAAGGGUCAGGGGACAAUUUGAGAUAGAAAAUGUGAUGAUGUCAUUAAAAGCACUCAAUGUGCUUUACAACAAAGCAUUCAAAAGGGAAAAGUAAUUUUCACUGCCCUUUUGUAGCUAAGCUAUUACAAUAGAUAGCAAAGUGGUAAAGCUGCUUCCUGCAUAAAUGUCUUUCCCACGUGGUUCUGGUUCCUUUCAACAAAUCUAUAUAGGAAAUAUUCGAGUCUCAAAUAGUUUUCUUUGGGACCAAAUUUAUGUGUAAGAGGUCAUUUAUUCACUGUCAGUAGUUGUUGUAAAGUUGCACAAGCUCUUCCUAGAGAAAAUUCUUGCUUUCAAAUUCUUUUUGAGCCUUAAAUGCUAUUGCUAACCUGGGAUGAGAACAUAUUCAAACAAAUAACCAACUGAAAAAGAGAACAUGGAAUGCAUUUUGUUACCAAAGCACUGACUGCUGUCCUCUGUGUGUGCUGCAGCACUUCACUGAUCCUAGAGACCUCUGUGAGACAUUCUAAGUCAGAAUGAGAAGAAAGCUCUUUUGCAAAGUCUUGUUAAGUGAGCUUUGUCCUGGUCCUUGUAAGAUGACCUCCCCUUAGGAGUUGGAAAGAACUACAAAACUUGGCCUGAUUAAAAUCAUUGGCUGUUGAAAGAACUUUUCUGUGGUGCCAUGGAUGGGAGAUAAUCUGUGAUCUGGCUAUGUCUGAACUCAGAUCUUGGCAUUUGGGGCAAGAAAGUCUGUUCCCUAAGAAAUGGAGAUGUCCCAGUGUCUCUGGUAUGGGGCAUGCCUGCAGACAAGAGCUCGGUGCCAUCUCAGGAUAUUCCUUUCACAGCAGAGGAGCUGAGCAAGCUCACCAGGUAGAAGUGCACACACAUAAACACUAGGCAAUGCAGCAGGAGGAUAAAAAGACAAGAGCACAGAUGGUGUGUGGUUAUGUGGAUAUUCCCUUGGCUUUGUAAAGAAAUUAGGUCCUGUAUUCCCUGUGUGUCAGCGACUGCCACAGGUUCAUCUCCUCCCCAGACUACCACUAUACAAAAGAAAAUAUUUCUAAGUAAUGAGUAGAUAAAUUUGAACAUGUGUAUAAGAAAUCUGUGUGCUGUUCACUUAUAUUUUCUGUAGGGUUCUGAUUUUAUGCCAUGAAGCUGAAUAUUAUGUAACAGGGUUAUUUAAUUUCUGUGGAGCGUUGUUAUCAGUCCUGACUUUUUUACUGUGUUGAAAGACAUAAUCUGCUGAGAAUGUACAUUUGGGUGAAAUACAGUCCCCUCUGUCUUUCCCUCAAUAUGAAAGAAAA